AUGUGGGAUAGAAUCUCGUGGAAGAGAGAAAAGCUAAAGGAGAUGCGUGCAAUCGGGGUUUUCGGGCCCAUGUUCAUUUUGUUACUUAGCUUUGUUAGCCUCCAUGAAGUUAGUUUAUCUAUGGGAGACGGGUCGAGUAUGUUACCGGUGGUGGAACUUGGAAAUGUUAAGACGAUGAUAAUGGUGGACGAGAGCAGAAGGAAAUUGAGCAGCUUUGCGGUUUGUUCUACAUGCAUGUGUUGUGGAAGUGGAGGAGGCAGAAACUACUGUAUGCUAACUGCCUGUUGCUACACAAUCAAUUGCAACAUACCAAACAGGCCCUUUGGCUUAUGUUCUUUCACACCCAAGACUUGUAAUUGCUUCCAAUGCCAUAUCUAGCCUCAUGCUCUAUCUAAUUCUUUACUUGUUUAUAAUUAUUGUGCCUGAUGGACAUCUAUUUCCAGGAAAAGAUGAUUAGUAAGAUUUUCUGGAGGUGGUAACUGGCAAGAACUAAUCAGCUGGAAGCAGCAGUGGCUGAAGUGGAUAAUUUGUUCAAGGUUAUGAAGUCCAAAACCAUUGUCCUUUUUUAUUCUUUUAACUUUUUUUGUACUCCUCGUUUUUUUUCCUUUCAGUUAAGAUUGGGUGCUUCUUAAUUUAUUGUUUGAUGGGUUCAAAUUGCAAUGGAUAACCAUCUUCCUAGUAUGUGGGAUGAUAAAUAUUGCCAUAAUUUAUUAUAAGUGCAACAUUGAGUGAUUAUGUUGCUUACAGAUCACUCACUUAUAGUUGGGGGUGUAUUGUGAUAGUGGACUUGUUUGAUUUGUGGGACUGUGUUAGUGAUGAGUGUGAUGAAAUUUGAGUUAAUGAUUUUCUUGGUCUUGAUUUUUUAUUGAGUUAAAUGAUGUAUAAUUAAGACUAAUGUGGGGAUGGAGUUAUAUUGAUCAUCAAUCACAGGUACUUGUAAGGUUUUGGGCAUUGGCAUGGGUGAACCAUAGUUGAGAAUUUAUGAAAGAGGACAAGUAAGGAUAGUUGUAGUAGUAAUAGUAGAGUAGUUGGCAUUUAGAGGGUGGUCCAUUUAUCGACCAAUUAUGUGGACAUCAACAGCUGUAUCUAGUUUACUAGUGUUGUGUAGUAAAUAGUAGUUGAAUUUGGAGGCUUAUCAAUAAGAAAGAUGGAACAAUAAUGGUGGUAGAAGAUGAUGAUGAUGAUGAUGG